AUGGACCAGACUAUCGAAAGGCUGAGCCCAAACUCUCUUUUAGACGCUGAAGGAGACACCAAAUCGAACUUCAGCGAGAUGCCAGAGCACCAAGACGACGCGGCGGCGACACAAGCAGCAGGUGUCUUGUGCGAAAUGGGGGCCAUCGACGCGAGCCAAGGCGAUGGACAUACCAGCCAGGCCAUGGAGCCAUGCCUUCCGGAGCAUCCUGCGGCACUUACUGCUUCGAAGACUAAGCCCGCGGUGCCUGAACCGAGCCGUGCAGAAGCCGAUCAAACCACGGCUUCGACCUUGGAGCCUGAGGUGCCCGGACCGAGCCAUGCAGAAGCUGCGGUGACUUUAACUGCAGAGCAGGAGUCCGAACCGAGGAAUGAGGACCCUACCCGGCCUUCCGAACCCCCUCACCGAGUUAUAUCCGCGACAGAGCCGGAAGUAACGAUUGACAUCCAGGAAACUGACACCCAGACCAUGAAGCGUGACCUCCGUCCUAGCCUCGAGAGUCCGGCUAUCGAAGAGCGACAUGGGGAAAACAGCGAAGGGAUAGCUGAUGAUAGGGAUGAUGGCUACGAUGUACAGAACAUGCCCAUAUCGAUCUCCGAUGACGAGGAGCCGUCCGGACUAAUCAUCGUUAAUGACAACGGAGGCCGAGCUAUCGUUAUCAACGAUUCUGAUGAGGAAAUGCACAUAGACGAUGACCAUUCCAGUCAGAACAUCCUACAUCGAGCGCAGCGAAAUCGGGCAGCACAGAAGUCACCAGAGAUGGUCAAUUGGACGUCUAAAGAAUAG